UUUUUCUCUCCAAGUCUUGCUAUUUCAGGACCAUGUAACUCUAUAAAAAAGAACUGCUUAUACAUCCCUCCUUAGAUAGAUAGCAUCCUGCAUUUCUUACCAUAGCAAUAGCAUUUCACCUUUCUUUCUUUUAAACCCAUUUAUCUUCAAUUCCUCAAUUCCUCAAUCCCUCCCCUAAGUGAAACUGAAAAUUCUCUACCACAUGGAGCCUCCAAAAUCAGAGCCAUCUGCUGAAACUUCAAGCAUCAUCUCUAUGCUGCCGGAGGGGAAACAACCGGGGGAUGGUGACCGGAAAGAGGAAGACAACGACCUUGUGUUGGAUCUAAGCCUUUCUAACAAAGAUUCCAACCAAGAUGAUCAACUCCAGCCAGAACUCAACCUAAUCGACUGUUUCAAGACAAGUUCAUCUCAUGAUAAUUCUUCAGACAGUUGUGCCCCUAAACAAGGUAACGAAACUGAGCCCCGGGUGUUUUCCUGUAACUAUUGCCAAAGAAAAUUCUACAGCUCGCAAGCACUCGGCGGCCACCAGAAUGCACACAAGCGAGAGCGGACGCUAGCAAAGCGAGGACAACAGCUCGGCACAACCACAUCUGCUGCUUUUCCGAAUAGGUAUUCCAGCAUGUCUUCGCUUCCUCUGCAUGGCUCCUUUAAUAAAGCUCUUGGAAUUCAAGUGCACUCCAUGAUCCACAAGCCAUCCUUUGCACCACCGCACGCGGCAGGGUUUUACGGGCAAAGUGGAUGGUCUAGACAGCCCAUGGAACAACAACCGGCAGUUGGGCGGCUAGGAAUGGAGAAUUUUAUCAUGGGAUCAAAAGUAAACGUCGGAGUCUCAUCAUCAUCAUCUUCAUCCUCAAAUGGUAUUGCAAGAUUCCAGAGUAGUGUACGGAGGUUGGGACCGGUACAGGAGGCACCUGCCGGAUAUUGGUGGGAUAGUAUUAACCAUUUCAAGACUAAGAAAGAUGACUUGAAGCUUGACUUGUCUCUGAAGCUCUAAUUAAUAGUUUUUUUUUUUUUUGCAAUUUGUCUUCUUUUUGUUUCUUUAAUUUUUAGCUGGAUCUUUUGUAAAUGCAAAAUUCUGGGAUUACAGAAAGAGAUAAAAGAGAUCGAUUUUCUUUUAGUGGAAAUCUUAAGUUGGAAAAUUUGCCAUAUUCUGUGAGUCUGGUGAUGGGAAGUAUGAAGUGUAAAAUUGCCUGUGUUGCAUAGAGCCAGCCAAGAUAUCAAUUUCACUUGGUUUUCUAGAUUUCUAUAGUGUUUUUGCAAAAUUGGGCGACGCUUAGCAGACAAGUAAGAUCUAAGGGAUUUUCCAAGUAAAAGGCACUACUUUUU